AUGCUCCAAAGAAUGAUAGAGUUGGAAGGAGCUCUAGUGAAGUUUUUCACGUACCUGAAAAAUCCUGAAGGUAUCCGAGAGUUCAAAGAUGUGGCAAGAAAAUUAUAUCGUCCAACUGCCGAGGAAUGGCUCACUAUAAAGUGCUUGCGAGCUCUGCUGGGGGCCGUUUUGCCCGUUGCCUCAGAAAACACUAGUCUUGCGGCAGAAGCCGGUGACGAAGCGUACGUGGCUCAAACGGUGUUAAUGAUGAGCGACUGCAGAAAGGGAAUGCUAACAAUGUACGUUAAAAGAUUCGAGGACUUGGAGAAAAGCGAGCUUAGGUGGGUUGCGUACUUGGAUCCGCGUGUAGGAAAGUGGAUCUGGCAAACGAAAGCUACCACCUGA